UUCCACUUCAAUGCCCUAAAAUAAUGAUUUGAUUUGAGGGCAUACUACAUUUCCCACGAGUGUCGUCGAAGAGUUUAAAAAAAAAAUACAAAUCUGAAGUGAGACUGUCCGGAGUACCGACACCCAGGCUAUGGCGGGCAGAAUACUGUUUUGCCUUCGCCGCCGCCUUCUUUCAGCUUCUAUAUCCCCUUUUUAUCAUAUCAUUCAAUCUCAUUCACUAAUAACGUCAAAAUAUGCAUUGUCUGAAUCUCCGCCAACUAUAAUUUCACAGAGGAGCUUCUCCUGGUGGGGAGGCCACAGCAGAAAACCAGACCCAAAAUCUUCUCAUAAAUUUAAUCAAGAACAAGAAGAGGACAAAGAGGAAGAACACCAAGAACAUGGAAAUGAACGACCAGAGCCCUUAACUACAGAAUCUGAAACAUUUGGUUCUGGUUUUGAAGACGUUACGAAUGUUCUAGAUAACAGCUUAGCGAUGGAGAACGCAAGCCAUGGAAUAGGAAUGGGGUGGCAUACGCCUGUGGAGGCUAUGAUUGCUUUUCUUGACGGAUUUCACAACCUCACUGGCCUUCCCUGGUGGCUGUCAAUAGUUGCUUCAACUGUUGUCAUUCGAUCGGCAAUGCUUCCUCUGUCGAUUUUGCAAAUGAUAAAGACCAGUAGCAUUUUGAAGAUGAGAUCCAAAUUGGAACCAUUUCUACCAAUGCCUGGAUCAGAUUUUCUUCGGCAAUAUGCACUUUUUACACAUCAAAGGCGGGCUAUGGGAUGUCCAACUUUUUUGUGGUUUUUUGCAACCCCUGCCAUUCAGAUGCCUGUUUUCUUUUGUUCAAUGUUUGCAGUUCGGUGGAUGUGUACGGACUUUCACCCUGGAUUUGAUAAUGGGGGCGCUAUGUGGUUUCUUGAUCUUACAGAACAUAUACAUGGUUCACUCGGUGCUCUUUUCCCAAUUUCUACGGCAGGAAUAUUUUUACUUAAUGUGCAGCUAUCAUUGGGAGGGUUGGAAGUUGUACAUACUUCUAGAUUAUUAGAUGUCAUCAGAAAGUAUUACCAGAUAUAUUUGAAGUGUUUGACAGUGCCAGUCUUCAUAGUUGGAUUCUAUAUGCCUCAAGGCGUUCUCAUUUUCAUGUUAACCAAUUCCACCUUCUCAACAAUGCAGAUAUUGCUCCAGAAGCAUCUUGCGCACUCUAUGAUGUUAGGUCUAAGUGCACAUCAAAAGAAUCCCAAAAUAGCUCAGGCAAUAAGGCAGCUUAGAAAUGGAGAAAUGACAGACAAACUGUCCUCAGCUGACUUGCUUAUGGUUAGUGCUCAACAUGUAGCUGGGGGUCAUCUGGAAAGUGCUUUGCAAUUACUGAGAGUAGCUAUAGAAAAGGAUCCAGAAAGGUCAGAAUCCUAUAUUGCAAUGGGCACAAUUCAACUGAAGAAAAAGUUAUAUGAUGAAGCUGCUAAACAAUUUGAGCUUGCUAUUUCCAAGGCUACAAGUGAUAAUGUUUUGGUUGCUGCACAUCUAUAUGCUGGUAAUGCACUACUAUAUCAGGAAAAGAUGGUGGAAGCAAUAGCACAUUUAAGAAAAAUCACAGCACUUGAAGAGCCAGCAGACCCUAAGUCUAAAGAUCUUUAUUAUCGAGGAUUGGUCCUUUUAGCCAGCAUUUUAUUUAAGGAUGGCAAAAAAGAAGAAGCUGCACAGUAUUUACGAAUAGCUGCAAAGUAUGAUCCUUCAGUGAACGUUUAUUUGCAAGAAUGUGAAGAAACUAAGGACAUUGAACAAGGUCGAUAACUGCCCUUCGAUAGUACUGCAUUUGAACACGAAUCAACUCCCUUACUUUUUGGAUCUGGUUGUGGUUUCUUUGGUAUUCAAUGAUAUUAGGAGUUUAUACCUAACAGAAUAUAUGAUUUUCUAUCAUAUCCCAACUCGUAUUGUUUAAUUUAUGAUGUUAGUUAAGCAUGUUAUAAUGUCUCUAUUGAUUAAAUGAUGAAAAUGAUGCAAUAAAUAUGAGAAUUGUAUUUUUAUUAUGA